AUGCAUAGUCCCCGGUACCACGAGAGCAGCUUGCUUGCGGAGCGCAGAAAUUAUUGGCCACGCUACUACGAGAGCAGCUUGCUUGCAGGGAAGGAGAAGAACUGGGAUCGGACCGAGAGCAGCUUGCUUGGGGAGAUCGCUGACUCAUCGAGAUGCAGCUUCGUCAUCGACGUGGGGCUCCUUUUCUCGCUAGUACGAGAGCUGCUAGCUUAA